AUGGACCCCCGAAAACUGCACUUCGGCUUCAACCCCAACAAACUCCGCCGCCCGAUGGCUCUGAACAACCUCAGCCCAGAAACCCAGCGGCACUACAGCCCGUACCUCGCGCACGACGACAUGCUCUCCGUCGCAGACUCGGACAACUACCAGGACGAGGAGGAGCGCGAAGAAGGCGAGCCCAGCCCGGUGGUCGGGCUUCCGGUCGCGGGCCGCGACCUGCUGGACCGGCGCCGCCACUCCGGCCACAACUACGUGUUGGCGCCGCGCGGCCGCGUGAUCAUCAAGGUCGAGGGCUUCAACCCGAAUAUCACCGUGCGGGCAUCCGUGCGCACCCUCCGGCGGACGUCUGUGCUGUUCCACGAAAUCCUGCCGGAUGAUCCCCGGCUUGUCGAGCAGGGCGGGAGCGUGGAGUACCAGGCCGAGGGAUUCAACCCCGUCGCGGUGCUGAUGGUCCUGCGGGCCGCGCAUGGGCUGUCGACCGCGCUUCCGGCCCGAUGCCCGAAGAUUCCGCUGGAGUUGCUGUUCAAUAUCGCGCAUGUGGUGGACCAUUUCGGAUUCUUUGAGGGGGUGCGCAAUGCGGCGCCGACGUGGAUGACGGCUGUGCGGCCGGUGCAGCCCUCGCCGGGGGAUCAGCGCAUCGUGGAUUGGGUGUUGUGUGUGCUGUUUGCGUUUCGGCUGACUAGCGAUUACAUGGCUGCGACGAGGCAGUUGGUGCUGGAGCGGACGGCGACGGUCGCGCCGGAGGGGGCGUAUUCGCCCGCCGCGGUGUAUCGUCGGAUCGAGAGCGAUCGGGAGGCGAUCAUGCACGCGUUGCGCGGGGCGGUCAGGGACCAGAUUCGGGAUAUUAGGUACCAGGCGCAUGAGGAGGCGCCGGGCAUGUGUCCCUGUCGCUUGUUGCGGGAUUGGAGAAGGCUGUUGGGGUGGAUGCGAUAUCCCAAGAAGAACCUCCUCUCGCCGGGGUUGGUGUUUGAAAUGAUUCAUCGCCGGCUGGGCAGUUAUGCGGCCAUGUCGGGGCCGUGGAGCACCGUGUGUGACAAAGGCCUCCUCCAUAAGGGGUUCAGGCGCAAGGUCAAUGGCAUUGUCGGCAGCUAUAGUGGCAUCUUCCCGGAUGGUGAUAAUGCCGCUAGAACCAGGCCUGAGCGGUUGGCGGGCUUCCGCUUCAUCUUCCGCUUCGCUGGCUGGCCCUACCCGCCGGCUGGGAUUGACACUUAUCCCGACCAUAGGUGGUGGGUGACGUGCAGUAUUCGGCCGGGACCCUUGAUUGACUUUUCUGAUGAUGAUGAUGAUGAUGAUGAUGACUGA